AUGUGCCAGCAGAAGAGCACCUUAAAGCGUCUGAAUUUUUGCACGAAAUUUCGAGCCUGUAUUUUGUGGGCCUUGUGGAACAUAAUCAGCGGAUGUCUUUUCAUUCCUUUGCACAUUAGAUUCGUAAAACAUCUGGAGUUGCAAGUUACUAUUCUGGUUUUAGGCUUCAUUUGCGGAGUAUCUUUUAUUUUAUCUGGCAUUAUACUUCUAAUUGGACUUGUUAAAAAAAUACGAUGGAUGGUGUGUUUUUCUAUUGUUUUCUCCACUAUUGGGACUUUGUUUAUCCAUUGGCUUAUUAUUCCUUUUGUGCUUUAUUUUAUUUUCACGUUUGUGGUUUUUAAUUAUUAUCAAGUGGACAUGGCAAAAGAUGAUCGUUAUAAAAUUCCAAGAAAAUAAAAAGGAUAACUUAUAAAUUCCACACAUUUUUAUUUCAGAAAUUUCUGAAAAAGCAGGAAAAGCUCUGAACUUAUAUUUAUGGUAGGAAGUAGAUCAGUUGGUAUUAGUCUGGGCUUUUGGCCUGAAUUGCAAAAAUAUUCAUUCCAUGGACUCGUGCCUUAUCCCUUAAGUAUCUGGGUAUUGCCGCCUGUGCAAUCUACUCCAAAUAACUGCAAUAGUUUUAUGGCUCAUCAUUGUGCCGGGCUUUUUUGGGGGAAAUCCCUCGGCUAUCGGCUACGGCGAGUUCAGUGCUCCAG